CUUUAUAUCCAGUGUUUCCUCAAAGUAAGAAUCACGGUGUUUGCUUCUGUCGCGACUUGUUGUGUAUCUGCAGCGUGUUUACUUCAGGGACGUUAACGUGAACUUUCUCCCAGCUUCACUUCAUCUCUCGUCCCGAUGGAGUCUCACAGACUGAGCACAGUGCAGCAGCACAGUCCCAGAAGCAACCAGGAGAACUUCUUUGGAGUCAGGGUCGCGGUCCAAGGGAUUAAAGGUCAACCCUACGUGGUUCUGAACAGUUCUGGCCAGGAGAGCCACCAGGACAUCUCUGUGAUCACUCACCAGUCAGGGUACAAUCCAGGCAUGGUGAGGACGUCUGUGGAUGGAAGACAGUCUCCCUCUGAGUCACAGAGGACUGCAGCCUCCUCCGUGUUUCAUUAUCAGAAACACCCUGAGAUUCUGAGACCUUAUGACCCUGAGAGUAAUAACCUGAACCGAGUAGUUCCUCCACCGGCCUCUUCAGUCGCUCAGCCAGGGCGCACCAACGUUCCUCCUAAUGGGAACAAACCCAGGAUCCCCCUGCCUGCGGAGAGCCUGGAGGUCGAGCAGAGUGAGGUGGCUCAGACUCAGACGCCUCCUUCAGGUCGACACCUCCCGGGAAGGUCCCCAAACUCAGUGGACACAGACUCCAUCGUAUCUGUAGGGAAGCUAAUAAGCCAGUUCAACAACAGCCAGCGGAGGGGAAGGGGUGGCCCGAGGAACAGGCUGGAUCCGGAGCAGUGUCGGAGGUCACGCAGCGCGGACAGCAGUCGAACUUCAGACUCCUCGUCUUCGUCCACUUCCUCCAGCAGAGCCUCGUCUCUGAAGGCCAUCAGGGGCGAGACCCCAGGUGGGAUAUAUCCUCCAGGGUCAGCCAGGGCGAGACUCCUCAGCGGAGAGGUCUCUUUGGCGAGCAGGAGGGAGGAGAACAAGCCCAGCACACUGCUUAGAGGACAAAAUGGAAGAGACACAAAGACACCGCCGAUGUCUCCACAUGCUGCUAAACUGCUCCACAGAGCAGAGAAACCCUCCAUCACUAGCAGUGACCAGACUGAUGACUCUGAUGAAAGAGACAUGCAGGUCACCCCUGAUCUUCUGAAAGGACAGCAAGAGGUCUCAGUAGACCCACCUGAAGACACAGCAAAACAGAUACCGUUUACUUACCUCAAGGAUGGGACGACGGAUGAUGACUCCACCACUCAGAGGAAAGUCAGCCAGCUGCUUGAAAAGGUCAACAAGUCUGCUGAAAAUGUGGAGGAGGAGGAGAAUGACUGUGCGGUUGAGGUGGCGCUUUUGCGGGAGAAACAGGCGGCGCUGGAGAACAAAGUGUCCGAAUUAAAGCAACAACUGGAAACUGAGAUGAAGAAUGAAAAGACUCUGGCCAAAGCUUGUGAGAAGGCCAGAACAGAGAAGAAGAAACUUCAGGAAGAGUUGUCCAGAAGUCAGGAGGAGCUCUUCAAACUCAGGGACAGACUGAAAGACAUCGAAGAAGAGCUUCAGUCUACCAAACAGGAGCUGAAUCAGAUGAAGGCAGAGAGAGCCAGAUCUAAGACGGAGAUGAAAGACCUUCAGCUGCAGCUCUCGGAGAUGCACGACGAGCUGGACCGAGCCAAGAAGGCCGAGGUGAUAAAUACAGAGAAAGAGGUCCUUCUGAAGGACAUGGCGCAGCUGCGUGUGGAGUUUCAGGAGGUGCUACAGGUGAAGGAGGAGCAGGAGGACGUGCUGCACCGCAGGGAGAGGGAGCUCGGUGCCCUGAAGGGGGCGCUCAAAGAGGAGGUGGAGACUCACGACAGCUACAUGGCGGCCCUGAAGGAGGAGUAUGAAAAUGAGCUUGAAAAGCUGCUCAGGGACUUGGAUCUGGCUAAAGAGAACAAUGCUCUGCUGGGUAAAGAGAGGGUCGACGCAGAGGAGGAGACGGGCGCAGCCAAGGUGCAGCUGAGGGAGCUGAGCCAGGAGAGAGAUAAGCUGCGAGAGAAGGUGCAGGAGCAGAGCAGCAAGGUGGAUCAGCUGAGUCAGGCCAUCCAGGAGUGUAAGACCACUGAGAGACUGCUGGAGCAGAGAGCGAAGCAGCUGGAGAGGGAAAAGCAGCAGGUUGAGGAGGCGCUGAAAGACGUGAGGAGGAACGAGGAGGAGAUGUGUCAGUCCAACCAGUCGCUGCUCACUCGCCUGGAGGACGUGCAGAGUAAGCUGACCAAGCUAAAUCAUGAGCACAGGGACCUGAAGGAGAAGCUUAAGGAGGAGAGGAAACAGAUAGAGGAGCUGUGGAACGCAAAGACUGAACUGGAGGAUGAGAGGAGGCUGCAGGACAGGACAGUGGAGCAACUGCAGAGAAAGAUGAAUAUCAUCAUGGAGGAGUGCGAGGCGUCCACAGAUGUACUUCAGAACCAGGUCGACGAGGCCAGAGAGAGGAGUCAGAGGGAGUUGGACGAGCUGCGGAGACAGCUGCAGGAAAAGGGAGCAGAGCUGGAGAAAUCCCGACUGGCCGCCAAAAAGCUGCAGGAAGAGCUGCUUCCUCUGGAGGAGGAUCUGCACCGGUGUCGCAGGGAGCAGCAGGAGGCCCUGCAGAGGGGCCGGCAGCUGGAGCAGAAGGUGGAGGAGCUGGAGGAGAGGAACGCAAGCACAGCUGGGGAGAGAGAGCGACAGGUCAAACUCAUGGAGGUACGUAUCAAUCAGCUGGAGGAAGAUCUCAAUGACGAGCGCGGCAGUGCUGACCGCCUGAUGGAACGAUUAGACAAGACCAAAGCGCAGAUGGAUCAGAUGAGGAACGAGCUGAUGCAGGAGAAAGCAGCCAGGCAGGACCUGGAGUGUGACAAGACGAGCCUGGAGAGACAGAAUAAAGACCUGAAGAGCCGAGUGACUCAUCUGGAAGGAUCUCAGAGAACCAACCAGGAUUCACUCGUCUCCAAACUGAACAGCCGCAUCCAGGAACUGGAGGAAAGGCUGCAAGGAGAGGAGAGAGACAACAACAGCCUGCAACAAGCGAACCGCAAGCUGGAGCGCAAAGUGAAGGAGAUGAAGAUGCAGGCGGACGAGGAGCACGUCAACCUGCAGAGCGAGAGAGACCAGCUGACUCAGAGGCUGAAGACGGCGAAGAGGCAGAUGGAUGAGGCGGAGGAGGAGAUCGAGCGUCUGGAACACGCUAAAAAGAAGCUGCAGAGAGAACUGGACGAGCAGAUUGAGGCCAACGAGCAGCUUCACGGCCAACUGAGCACGCUGAGGAACGAGAUGAGGCGAAGGAAGAAAUCCCCUCCUCUCAUUAGGGACGACGUGAACGAGGUGGAUGACUUUGGAUCUGAUUGACUGACGGGCGUGUGAUGAAAAACAGUCAUCUCCAGACUUUAUGAAGGAAUGCUGGACUGUGAAGAAUCCCUCAUAUCAUAAUUCAACAUAAUUCCAUUAACAACUCAGGUGUGAUUGAAUUGUGUUUCCAGUUGUGAGUAGCAUGGCACCUUUCCAAGGCUGACCUCUUGUGGCAACAUGUAAAACUACAAUAUCUGACAAACUGUUUUACAAUGCAACAAACAGGCUUAUUUACCUCUACUUUUUACUGUUUUCUAAGUUAUUUCUUUGCGGUGUGAGUUAAUAUGAUGCAAACUGCAAAUCUUAAACCGAUUAAUAAACAUAUUAAAAUGCA